AUGUCCCUGAUGGAACCGCAAGCCCAGAUCCAUGGGCUGGGAAAGCAUCCCGACACCGAGGAUGUCCACGAGCGAUCCUCGAGCAGUCACGAUGGGGAUGCUGAAACGGGCAGCGAGCCCGAUGUCGCGGAAAUCGAGCGCAUCUACAAAAAAUUGGACUACCGCAUCAUCCCCGCAUUCUGGGUCCUCUACUUUCUCUGCGCCGCGGUGCGCUCUAAUGUCAGUCUCGCGCAAACCAUGAACACUGAUGCCGGCCAUGAUCUGGGCUCGGUCCUCCACUGCACCCCGCACCAGAUCUCCACCGGUCUGGCCCUAUUCUACGUCUGCUAUGUCGUCUUCGACCUGCCGUCCAACCUGAUCAUGACCCGACUAAGCCCGCAUGUGUGGAUGAGCCGUAUUGUCAUCAGCGUCGGUGUCAUUGGGACCUGCAUGACUGCAAUGAAAGCCGCAUGGAGUCUAUACCUUCUCCGUCUCCUCCUCGGUAUCGUCAUCGCAGGCAUGUGGCCCGGCAUGACCUACUAUCUUACGCUCUUCUACCCCCCAUCCCGAACUGGCAAACGCAUCGGCCAAUACUAUACAGCCGCCCAGGUCUCCGCGGCGGUCGUCGGUCUCGUCUCCGCUGGAUUCCAAGAAAUGGACGGUGAGCGCGGUUACGUCGGCUUCCAAUGGAUGUUCCUCGUCUACGGUGUGAUCACAAUCGCCGUAGGGAUCAUCCUCCUCUGGUGGCUUCCCGACCGCCCCCUCGCACCAGGCGCUGAACCCCCUCGCCGCAAAUACCUCUGGUGGUUCCCGCGCAGCCCUCCAGCCCUGACAGGCCGGGAUGCUGAAAUCCACUAUUACGACCUGAAGCGCGUGUACCACCGUGCCCAGUGGACCUGGAAGGACCUUCUCUACGUGUUCCUGGACUGGCGUCUCUGGCCCCUCCUCAUCAUGUACUUUGGUGUCGUGGGCGUGGGAAUCGGCGUCCAGAGCUACGCCACCAUAAUCAUCGAAGCCAUCAACCCCUCCCUCUCCAGCAUCGAUCUCAGUCUCCUCUCCGCCCCAAUUUGGAUCAUGGACCUCAUCGCCAUCGUUCUCGUCACCCCCUUCUCCGACCGCUUCCACCACCACCGCGCCCUCUUCUUCUCCAUCCCCGUCUGUCUCCAAAUCCUCGGCCUUCUGUUGACCACCUAUGCCGGCACCGACACCAACUCCUGGCCUCGCUACGGCGGCCUCCUAAUCGUCGGUUUCGGUCUCGGGCCCACAGUCCCCAUAACGAUGACCUGGACCGCGGAGGUCUUCCAAAAGCGCCACGGCGAAGUCGGUGUCGCUGCCGCGUCGGCCGUCGUCUCUGGAUGGGGUAAUCUGGGUAGUAUCUUAACGACGUACGCGUUGUAUUCCGGUUGGAAGAGUGAUUAUGAGGCGACGGGGCGGGCGAAGUAUCGGAAGAGUAAUUUGGUCAUGGUGGGGAUUCUGUGUGCCAGUAUCUUGGCCGCGGUGUUGAUGGAGGUUUUGUUGAGGGUUGUGGAUGGGAGGAAGAAGGAGAGGGGAGUUGAGGCGGGUGGGGAUGGUGGGGAGGAGGACCCGGACAAAAUUGUCGAUGGGGCCGCGAGACGGGAGGCAAGGCAGAGGGGGCUGGAUGGGUUGGGACCCGGCAUGUUGAAGUUCUGGAAGAAGUCGCACUGA